AGUACGCAGCGCCCUAUGGCAGCGCCGCAUUGAGUGUUCUGUGCGCAUGCUCGCAGCCACGAGACGCUCACUCACAAUCAGGAGUCAUGGCGGAUGUACUGGAUCUUCAUGAAGCGGGAGGUGAAGACUUUCCUAUGGACGAGGAUGGUGAUGAUAGCAUUCACAAGUUAAAAGAGAAAGCCAAGAAGAGGAAGGGUCGCGGGUUUGGAUCAGAGGAGGGAGCGAGAUCUAGAGUCAGAGAGGACUAUGACACAGUAGAACAGGAUGGAGAUGAGCCUGGGCCUCAGAGAUCUGUGGAAGGAUGGAUUCUGUUUGUGACUGGUGUGCAUGAAGAGGCGACCGAAGAGGAUGUCCAUGACAAGUUUGCAGAAUACGGAGAGAUUAAAAACGUGCAUUUAAAUUUGGACAGAAGAACCGGUUACCUUAAGGGCUAUGCACUGGUGGAGUAUGAGACCUACAAAGAAGCCCAGGCAGCAAUGGAAGGGCUGAAUGGCCAGGACCUUAUGGGGCAACCAAUCAGCGUUGACUGGUGCUUUGUAAGAGGACCCCCUAAGAGCAAGAGGAGGGGUGGAAGAAGACGCAGCAGGAGCCCUGACAGGAGGCGACGUUGAUUUUCCAAGUUUUUGACUCCAGUCUCUGUUUCCCAGUCAGGGUGGCAUUGUUUUUCGAGAUAGUUACGAGUCAGAUUGGAGUGUGCGUGCAUCUCUUUAAAUUGAGGAUUUUUAGUGUUUUUGAGGGGGGGUUUUUUUGUCUCAAUUGUUAGUUAUUUGCAACUGUCUGUAGGUCUUUUGUUAAAGAAUGACAGAGGCUGCUGAAGCAUACAUAUGUUGAAGCUGUCUGUAUUUCCACCAUGGUUUUAAUUAAAAAAAAAUUUUUUUUUUUGUAAAACGUGGCAGUAGACUUUAAAAUGUAAUUCACUGCUUAACUUAUGAGUAGUGAUUUGUAUAUUUCCAAUAAAUUACUUUUGGUUUGA